CCCUGCUUCUAUCUCUGGCAUUUGUAGGGAAAUCACUUUCCAAGUCAUGCCUAAGUUUACAGAGGGUUGCUAGAGAAGGCCCUAGAACUGCAACUGCUGUGGGGGUCCUGAUAUUACACCUGUGGCUGCCAUCUCUCCCAGGUCCCUGCUUCUCUUAGAAGAGCCAUGGCUCCAAAGCGCAAGUCCCAGGUGCCACAUGAGGGCCCUGACAAAAAGCAGGGGCGCCAGGGGGCAGAGGAGGAGGACAACUUCCGCUCCACUGCGGAGGCUCUCAGAGCUGCACCCACAGAGAAGCACACAGUUCGAGUGGACCCAGCAUGCCCACUCAGCCACAGCCCUGGAACCCAGGUGCAUGAAGACUAUGCCUGCACCCUCAACCAGACCAACAUUGGAAGCAACAACAACAAGUUCUACAUCAUCCAGCUGCUGGAAGAGGGUGACCGCUUCGCCUGCUGGAACCGCUGGGGCCGUGUGGGAGAGGUGGGCCAGUCAAAGCUCAGCUACUUCAAGUUACUGGAGGAUGCAAAGAAGGACUUUGAGAAGAAAUUUCGCGACAAGACCAAGAACAGCUGGGCGGAGCGGGACCACUUUGUGGCCCACCCGGGCAAGUACACGCUCAUCGAAGUGCAGGGAGACGAUGAGGCCCAGGAAGCCGUGGUGAAGGUGGACGGAGGCCCAAUGAGGAGCGUGGUGCAACGUGUGCAGCCCUGCUCCCUGGACGCAGCCACACAGAAGCUCAUCACCAACAUCUUCAGCAAGGACAUGUUCAAGAAUGCCAUGACCCUCAUGAACCUGGAUGUGAAGAAGAUGCCCCUAGGGAAGCUGAGCAAGCAGCAGAUCGCACGGGGCUUCGAGGCUUUGGAGGCCCUGGAGGCUGCACUGCGAGCCCCGGCGGAUGGUGGCCUCAGCCUGGAGGAGCUGUCCUCCCACUUCUACACCGUCAUCCCCCACAACUUCGGCCGCAACCGGCCCCCACCCAUCAACUCCCCUGAGCUCCUGCAGGCCAAGAAGGACAUGCUGCUGGUGCUGGCGGACAUCGAGCUGGCCCAGACCCUGCAGGCAACCCCCGAGGAGGAGAAGGUGGAGGAGGUCCCACACCCACUGGACAGAGACUAUCACCUCCUAAAGUGCCAGCUCGAGCUGCUGGACCCAGAGGCACCCGAGUACAAGGUGAUCCGUACCUACCUAGAGCAGACUGGCAACAGCUACAGGUGCCCGGCUCUUCAACACGUUUGGAGAGUGAACCGAGAAGGGGAGGGAGACAGGUUCCAGGCCCACUCCAAGCUGGGCAACCGGAAGCUACUAUGGCAUGGCACCAACGUGGCCGUGGUGGCCGCCAUCCUCACCAGUGGGCUCCGUAUCAUGCCUCAUUCCGGCGGCCGUGUUGGCAAGGGCAUCUAUUUCGCCUCAGAGAACAGCAAGUCUGCUGGCUACGUUACUGGCAUGUCCUGCGGAGCCCACCAAGUUGGCUACAUGUUCCUGGGGGAGGUGGCACUGGGCAGAGAGCACCACAUCACCGUCGAUGACCCCAGCUUGAAACAGCCACCCCCUGGCUUCGACAGUGUCAUUGCCCGAGGCCACACAGAGCCUGAUCCAAGCCAGGACACCGAGCUGGAGCUGGAUGGUCAGCGAGUAGUGGUGCCCCAGGGCCGGCCUGCGCUCUGUGCAGAGUUCAGCAGCUCCCAAUUCUCCCAGAGCGAGUAUCUCAUCUACCAGGACAGCCAGUGUCACCUGCGCUACCUGCUGGAGGUUCGCCUCUGAGCUCUCUGCCUAGUCCUGUCCCUGGGGUCUGCUGGCAGCUAAACUAUCAGCCUUAACCUUCCUGCCCAUCCUUGGUGCCUCCAGGUCUCCCUCUUGUGUCCCAGACAAUGAUCCCUUCCCCACUCCUUGCUAGCCCUGGCAUUGCCAUGGCCCCAGAUUCUCGCCUCCUAAGGUCAUGGGCAUGAUGGACUGCCGUUAUUACUGGGGCACAGAUAUAGCCACCCGUUCAAGGUAGAGGAGCACAGGCUGAGAGUGGGUGGAAUCCCACAUCCACCUGGGCUGUCCACCUUGACCCAGAUCAUCUGUCUGAGAGGUGCAAGCACCAGAGGAGGCUGAACUUCAAGCAAAUAUAGCAAGUUUAUUAAAUAUUAUAUCCACUCA